AUGUCUUCUAACGACGCGACUUCGGACGAUACAGACGCCACGGUCGAAGAAGACUUCAAACGGGAGCCCGAGACAGCUGCCAACCUCGAGAGCAACCCUCCUAGCGAUCCGCCGGUUGAGAAUGAAGAGGCGAGUGACAGUGACGAGCCUAGUGGUGGAUUUUCAUACUCUUUGUUGAAGAAGAGUGUUCCUAUGAAAGAGAACCAAGCGGAGACAGCAAAGCCCGAAUCUGUGAUGAAAUCCGACCCGGUUGUCAAAGCUGAGCUGCUCACGUCCGAGGCAGGAUCAGCCACGCCCUCGGCUACUGAAUCGCCUCGAGAAACGCCCUCCGAUCUGAUGUCUCCCGACCCCGAUCACAUUCCCAGCAAGUCUUCCAAGCGGCGUCAACCGAAACCCAAGAGCCGUCCUGCUCCGAAAAAGAAGCUGAAAGUCGCCGUUGCGAAGGACUACAAGUUGCCCCCCGGUGCUCCACCCGUUGACACCAGUCACCAUGGCGACGAAGAUCACCAGGAUCUAUUUUGUGUGUGCAGACGACCUGACGACGGAAAGUGGAUGAUUGGAUGCGAUUACUGCGAAGAAUGGAUCCAUGGAAGCUGUGUGGGUAUAACUCCAGCCAGAGCAAAACUCAUGCACAAGUUCUGCUGUCCUUACUGCACACACAAGGCCGAAAAGAUGCGUCCCGGCGAAGAGGCCACGGUGGCCCAUCAGAUGACGCUGAAACACGGCACAGAAACCACCUGGAAGCGCGUUUGUCGACUGGAAGAGUGCCACAAGGCUGUCUCAUACCCCAGCAAGUACUGCUGCAGAGAACACGGUCUGGAGUACAUGAAGGGCAGAGUGGCUGCUCUCAGCACCAACAGCAACUCAAGUGUGGCUGACGACACUGAGGAGCCGUUUGGAAAGCUUUCCGAGGAACGUCUAGCUGCCAUCGUCCAACAGACUCCCAACCUGGCUGCGUUCAAGACUCUAGGCUCGACUACUCCCGUCGAAGCGUCUCCUGUGACUCCUAAACAACCCUCCACGCAGCUCAAGUUUGUGGAACAAAAGCUCAAGUACAUGACUCUGGUCAAGGACCGAACCAAGAGUCUCAGUGAAGAGGCCGCUACAGCCGCGGGAGUAAGAAAGAAGGAUUUAUGUGGCUACGAUUCGCGUCUGGACAAGGAUCAUGACAUCUGGGCGAAUGAAUUUGCUGCCCAGGAUGAACUGGUGGGUAUUGCCAUGAGUGAUGAUACUAGUAAGACAGUCACUCCUUCCCACGACGCUCUACACAACAAGGAACACAUUUGCUUGCAGGACAAGCGGAAAUGCUAUAACCAUCUAGGCUGGGCUGCUCUGAUUACCGACCGGCUGAAUUUGCAGCUGGCUAUUCUCCAGCGGGAAAUGGAGAGAAGCGAAGGCGACGAGGCCGAUCUGAAGGAGAUUGAGCGGCUGAGAAGCGUUGAGAGUAAGACGUGGAUCAAGUGA